AACUUUCAAUUAAGUAGUGAAAAUGAAGUUCGUGAAAUGGCACAUAGUGUGCUUACUGGCUUAACUUGGCUGCAUAAAAAUGGUUACGUUCAUCGUGACAUUCGGAUUUCAAAUGUUGUCUUUGUUCCUAACAUCAGAAACUAUAGGUAUGCUCUUAUUGAUUUUGAGCAUGGUAGUGCAGAUGGAUUAGAAGCAUCUGAACGUUUAAUGGACUGGGAUGGUGCAACACUCAUGAGUAAUAACAAGUAUACAUCACAGUCUGACUUGUACCAGUUUGGGAAAAUGCUUAGAAAUCUUAAUAUAGUGAAUUCAGAAGUUGGGAAGAAGUUCUUAGACGAUUUGAGAAAUAAGAGUGUUGAUACAAGUAAUAUACUUGAUCAUGCAUGGUUCAGAUAA